AUGAUUAACCAGAUGUCCACUGGAUUAAAAGACUCGCCAGAACCGAAGAAAAUAGCUGUAUUCUUAAACUUGGUGGGAGAUGAUGGAUUGGAGCUGCACAACAGUUUCACCUACAGCGAAGCUGAAAGUAAAUCUUUAAGUAUGAUAAUGCUCAAAUUUUCAGAUUACUGUUCCCCAAAAACAAAUGAAAUCUUUGAGCGCUAUAAGUUCAAUAGUAUUUAUCAAAAGGAAGGUCAAGCGUUCGACAGCUUCCUCACUGACCUGAGAAAAGCAGUAAAGACCACAGGAUACAAAGAACAGAAUGAAAUGAUAAGAGACAGGAUAGUAAUGGGAAUUCAUGACAAAACCACGCAAGAAAGACUGCUACGAGAAUCAAAAUUAACACUGACGAAGGCAAUUGAAUUUUGCCGAACUGUGGAAGUAAGCAAACAACAGUCGAAAACAUUGCAAGAAGGUGGUGCAGAUGUUCAUUUAGAUGCUGUAAAGCACAAGAAGCCAAAUAUGUGCAAAUAUUGUGGUUACAAACACGAUUUUAAGAAAAAGUGUCCAGCAUUUGGAAAAACGUGUGCUAGUUGCCAAGGAAGAAAUCAUUUUGCGUCUGUUUGCAAAAGCAGAACAAAGAACCACAACAAUAAAGGAGACGAAGGAAGUUCAAGAAAGAAGAAAGUUGAUGAGCUACAGAAACAAAACGAUGAACCAGACAAGGAUGGGAUAGAUGCUGACAGUAGUGAGUUCUAUGUUGAUUCUGUGAAAUCAAUUGGUGCAGUGGGUGCAAAUGUAAGAGAACAAACAGUAUGGAAAAAGAAACUUAUUGUUGAAGAUAAAGAAAUUGAAUUUAAAUUAGACACUGGAGCUGAAGUGAGUAUUCUUCCUGCAUAUGCUGUUAAAUCUUGCAACUUAUCUAGAAUAAAACCUACAGAUGUAACCUUGGUAGCAUAUGGUAGUGAAAAAUUUAAGAUCAAACCUGUUGGAGAAAUUUCUUUAACUUGUAGAUGUAAUGGUAGGAAUGCUAUCAUCAAUUUUAUUGUAGUAGAUUGUAAAAAUCAAGUUCCAUUGUUGGGUUUAACUGGUUGUAUAGCUUUGAAAUUGAUCAAACGUAUAGAUAAUUUAAUGAAGAACAUUGAUCUCAAAGUACAUGGGAGCAAGACAAUUUUUAGAUCACUUGAGGAUAUUAAGCUAAUGUAUCCACAGGUAUUUGAAGGCCUUGGUAGAUUUCCGAAUGAGUAUCAUAUCAGUUUGAAAGAGGAUGCAGUACCUCAUAUUUCUGCAAUUAGACGAGUUCCUCAAACUCUUAGAGAAAAACUUAAAACUAAACUUGAUCAAAUGUGUGAAUUAGGAGUAAUUAGAAAAGUUGAUAAACCAACAGCAUUUUUACAUCCUUUAGUAAUAGUAGAAAAACCUAAUGGUGAUUUAAGAUUGUGUCUUGAUCCCAAAAGCUUAAAUGAAAGUAUUAAACGAGAACAUUUUCUCAUACCAUCUCUUGAAGAAAUAACUUACAAGUUGAGUAACAAAAAAUAUUUCACCGUUCUUGAUAUGAAUGAUGGGUAUUGGCAAAUUGCUCUGGAUGACGCAAGCUGUGACUUAUGCACCUUUGGUACGCCCUUCGGAAGAUUUCAAUUCACAAGAUUAGCUUUUGGUAUUAAUUCUGCGCCAGAGGCUUUUCAAAAGAAAAAUUAUGAAGUUUUUGGUGAUAUUGAAGGUGUAGGAUUAUAUUUUGAUGACCUCAUUAUAACAGGUGAAACAGAGGGAGAACAUGAUAAAAAUUUAAAAGAAGUUCUUGAUCGAGCAAUUAAAUGCAAUUUGAAGUUUAAUUUUUCAAAAAUUCAGUUCAAAAAAGAAAGUGUCAGAUAUAUGGGUCAGAUUUUUUCAAAAAGUGGAAUUUCUACCAACAAGAGUUAUACAGAUGCUAUUAUUAAAAUGCCAUGUCCCCAAAACAAAACUGAAUUAUUAAGAUUUUUGGGAAUGGUCAAAUAUGUUAGUAAAUUUAUACCGAACAUGUCAAUAAUAAGUGCUCCUCUGAGAAAUUUAACCAGAAAUGAUGUAGACCGGCAAUGGUCAACAACACAUCAAGAAGCAGUUGACAAUCUAAAAAAAUUAUUGGUUAAUGCACCUGUAUUAUCUUUCUUUGAUCCUGAAAAGUCUAUAGAAAUUGAAACAGAUAGUUCAAAAGAUGGGUUAGGGGCCUGUCUUAUUCAAGAUGGUCAUCCUAUCGCAUUCGCUUCAAGAAGUUUGGCAAAGAAUGAAAUAAAAUUCAGCCAAAUUGAAAAAGAAUGUCUUGCAAUACUAUUUGCUGUACAGAAAUUUCAUUUUUUCAUAUAUGGUUUACCAGUGUUGGUCAAUAGUGAUCAUAAACCACUCGAAUCAAUAUUUAAAAAGGAGUUAUCGUCAGCAACUCCAAGAAUUCAGAGAAUGAGAUUAAAGUUACUGAGAUACAAUAUUACGGUCAGAUAUAAACCAGGUAAAUAUUUGUAUGUAGCUGAUACUCUAUCAAGAGCUUUUCUAAAUGAUCGAGAGAACAAUUCCGGUGAAGAGAUUGAUCUUGCAGUGCAUUGUCUAAUAAAAAAUCUUCCAAUAUCGGACAAACGUAAAAUUCAGAUUGCUGAGGAAAGUGAAAAAGAUCCAGUGCUACAGCAAGUAAAAUUAUUCAUUGAUACUUGUUGGCCUGAUCAGAAAAAUAUAAAAGGUGAUCUAAAAUAUUUUUAUAAAGUCAAAGAAGAUCUUAUUGUUGAAAGCAAUUUAAUACUAUUCAAAAAUAGAUUAGUGCUUCCGUCACAAAUGAAAACUGAAAUGCUACAAUUGCUUCAUCAAGGACAUUUUGGAAUAGAAAAAACAAAAGCCUUAGCAAGAAGCAUAUUUUAUUGGCCAAGACAAGCGAAAGAUAUAGAAAUGUUUGUGAAGUCGUGUAAGAUUUGUGAAAAAUUCGCUCGUAAAAAUCCAAAACAGCCCUUGUUACAAUAUCCGUUACCGCAAAGACCCUGGGAACGUGUAGGUACUGAUAUAUUUACGUAUGGUAACCAAAGUUAUCUGGUACUAUUUGAUGCAUACUCAAAUUGGUUGGAAAUAUUGCCAAUAACUGAUAAAAGCGCUCAUGCUGCUAUCAAAGUGAUGAGACCUAUAUUUGCAAGGUUUGGUUCCCCAGAGUUUUUGGUGGCAGAUAAUGUACCAUUUAAUAGUUGGCAGUUCAGAAAUUUUGCUGAUUCCUGGAACUUCAAAAUACUGUUCAGAAGUCCACAUUUUGCCCGCUCAAACGGUUUAGCAGAAAAGGCUGUAUCAAUUGCGAAAAAUAUUCUUAAAAAAACGGAAGGUAAAGAUAGUAUAGAGGGUAUUGAUAGCGCUCUGUUGACUUAUAGAAAUGCUCCACUCAAACAUAUGGACUACUCCCCAGCGCAAUUAUUGUUUAGCCGUAGGUGCAAAACAAAGGUGCCUAUUUCUGACAGGUUGCUGCAUCCUGAGUUGUGUAAAAAUGUUUUUGAAAAAUUAAAGAAAAAGAGGCAAAUUAAUCUUUUCAAUUUCAAUAAAAAUUGUGGUAAAGAUUUGCCUCCAAUUGAUAGAGAUGCUGAUGUUACUGUUUAUAAUCAUCAUCAUAAGACAUGGGAACCAGGAAUUGUAAUAAAUAAACAUGAGGCUCCUAGGUCUUACAUAAUUGAGGAUAAGUUUGGAAAUAGCAUAAGACGAAAUCGUCAUGAUAUAAGGCUAUCUAAUAACCCUUACAUGGCACAACAUACUCAGGAUUUCACUGAUGUCUUAAAUGAAAAUUUGCCCAAUCAAGAGCCUUGUAAAACAGCAAGUUGUUCUAAUCAUUCAUCAGUAAAUAACAAUUUGAGUUUUGAUGUACCAUUUGAUACUAGUGUUGGGUUACCUAGUAAUAGUGAUAAUACUUUAAGAGUUACCCGUUCAGGUCGUACUGUUAAAAGACCUAAUAGACUUAAUCUUUAA